AUGCUGUGCGGUGCAGUGCAUGCAAAUGCUGCAUAUGGAUAUUGUGCAAUGGCAGGGCACCUGCAGUCUGUGGAGAAGAUGGUCAUGAUGCGAACUGUGCAUAACACAUACUUCGAUCCUGUCUCUGGAGCAUCAGCUGAGGCCAACAAUCAAGCAGUGGCAGCACUAGUGGGAGUGCGUGAAGAGGAUAUUCUUCAUGCAGAAUGGGAAAAUACAGAAUUCAGGCCUUGCCACUAUGUUGCAAUUGACAGAGCACAGAAGGUGUUGGUUCUAGCAAUCAGGUGCACGAGGGCAUGUUGGCUGCUGCAACAUAUGUCCAGUGCCGUUCGGCAGCAGCGCUGGAGACUGCAGCCAAGACUUGUCCAGGCUGGCCUCUCCUCAUCACUGGACACUCUCUCGGUGGUGGGGUAG